UUUCACAGCGUAUCCCUUCUCAUACAGCAGCUGUAUCUUAUCAUUUCUCUGCGUAUAUAUAUUGCGCGCGCGAAUUCCACCUCUGCUCUCUCUCUCUCUUCUGCAGCCCAAGCAUUCGAGAGCCAGCAUUAGAAAUGCUGCGAGCGAGAGCGAGAGCGAUGGCAGCUCUCCCUCUAUUCUCCUUUGUCAACCCUAAUUUAUGCAAACCCUUCUAUCUCUCAUUCCCUUCUUCCGACCUUCAUCACAGACCCUUGAAAUCUAUAAAUAGCCCCAAAGCCCUCUCGAUUUCUUCUUCUUCAAAGCCCCUUCAAUCUCCUCUCUCUCCAAUCCCCAAUCGCGAUCUCGCACCCUACCUCUCGUGCUCUAUGCCCGAGAAGUGCCUGAGAAUUGCCGUUCUUCUUAGUGGCGGUGUCGACAGCAGCGUUGCGCUCCGUCUCCUCCAUGCUGCUGGGCAUUCGUGCACUGCGUUCUACCUCAAGAUCUGGUUUCAGGAAGACUUUGAAAACUUCUGGUCAGCAUGCCCAUGGGAUGAAGAUCUGAAGUAUGCAAAAGAAGUUUGUGAUCAGAUUCAAGUGCCUUUGGAAGUCGUGCAUUUGACAGAUGAGUACUGGAACCAUGUGGUGUCUCACAUUAUUGCUGAGUAUCGAUGUGGGCGUACUCCUAAUCCAGAUGUUCUUUGCAAUACAAGAAUCAAGUUUGGUGCUUUCAUGGACAUCAUCAGCAGUAUGGAAUUUGACUAUGUUGCUUCUGGACAUUAUGCACAUGUGAUUCAUUCAUCUCCAGAGCAAGACGAUGGGUCUUCUGUCCUAGAGUUAUCUAAUGAUACGGUCAAGGAUCAAACCUACUUCCUUUCUCAUCUCUCACAAGACCAGCUUAAACGGCUUCUUUUCCCUCUUGGAUGUAUCUCAAAGGAUGAAGUUCGUAGGCUUGCUACAAAAAUGGAUCUUCCUAACAAAGAAAGGAAGGAUUCACAAGGAAUCUGUUUCCUGGGGAAGAUAAAGUUCAGUGAGUUUGUUGCAAAACAUAUUGGGGAGAUGGAAGGUAUCCUACUGGAAGCAGAGACGGGAGAUUUUCUUGGGAAACACCAGGGUUUUUGGUUCUAUACAAUUGGUCAGCGCCAAGGUCUACGUCUUCCUGGAGGACCCUGGUAUGUGGUUGAAAAGGAUGUUAAAAACAAUGUAGUCUUUGUGUCGAGAAACUACUUCUCAUUGGAUAAAAGGAGGCGUACCUUUCGUGUCGGAUCCCUGAAAUGGCUUAGUGGGUCACCUCCUGGCCGACUUGAUCAACUUCAGUGCAAGGUUAGACAUGGUCCCAGCUUUUACAAUUGCACUAUAAAGAUAGAACCAGGUGAUGAUGGCCAGGGAGAUGUUGGUGUUGUUCAAUUAUCUGAAGACGAUCAGGGCUUGGCUGCUGGGCAAUAUGCAGCCUUCUACCAGAAAAGGACAUGCAUAGGUUCAGGUGUGAUUUUGGAAUCUUGGGAUGAUCAGAGCUUCCCCCUUUGUGCAAGGGCUCUGGAAAUCGCAUUAAUGGAAGAUAAGUCAAAACUUGGGCCGCCGGUUAAGAUUAAAGUAAAGCCAGAACCUUCUCAAAGGGGUACCGACAGUGCAGGCAGCAUUGAUCUGCUUGGAGGAAAAUCUGGGUGGUACCGGAAUAUUCCUGAUGAUGUGACUGAGAGCCAGAGACAGACGCCUAAAGGUAUGACCUCAAGCUUAGAUUUGAAUUGGCUUCAGAAACUCAAAGAGAAACUGUUGCAGAUAUUUUAGUC